AUGCAAGGAACGAUUUUUCCCGCUCCGAAUUUUAACCCUAUUACGGAUGCCCAGUUGCUAGGAGGAGCCCUACAGGGAAUUAGUUGUGAAAAGGAUGUGUUGAUUGAUAUCCUAACACAGCGUUGCAAUUCACAGCGGCUCAUGAUUGCUGAAGCGUACAGAGACAUGUAUGGCAGGGAUCUGAUAACAGACCUAAAAGAGAAUCUCUCUCAUCACUUCAAAGAAGUCAUGGUUGGCUUGAUGUAUCCACCUGCCUCUUAUGAUGCCCAUGAGCUCUGGCAUGCCUUGAAGGGAGCAGACACAGAAGAAAGAUGUCUAAUUGACAUAUUAGCCUCAAGAUCAAAUAUGGAGAUCUUCCAGAUGAAAGAAGCCUACUUAAUGCAAUAUAAUAAUGAUCUUCAACAAGACAUUGAUUCUGAGACUUCAGGUCACUUCAGAGAUACGCUCAUGAACCUUGCUCAGGGAACAAGGAUGGAAGGAUAUGCAGAUCCUUCUACAGCUGCUCAGGAUGCAAUGAUUCUAUGGGAAGCAUGUCAGCAGAAAACAGGCGAACACAAAAACAUGCUGCAAAUGAUUCUCUGCAACAAGAGUUACCAGCAGUUGUGGAUGGUUUUCCAGGAGUUCCAAAAUAUCUCUGGGCAAGACAUAGUAGAUGCCAUUAACGAAUGUUAUGAUGGAUACUUUCAAGAAUUACUGGUUGCAAUAGUUCUUUGUGUUCGUGACAAGCCUUCCUACUUUGCUUACAGACUUUAUAGUGCAAUUCAUGACUUUGGCUUUCACAAUAAAACAGUUAUAAGGAUUCUCAUUGCCAGGAGUGAGAUUGACUUGAUGACUAUACGACAGCGAUACAAAGAGAGAUAUGGGAAAUCACUCUUUCAUGACAUUAAACAUUUUGCUUCAGGGCAUUAUGAGAGUGCUUUACUUGCUAUCUGUGCUGGUGAUGCUGAAGAUUAUUAAGGAAGAAGCUGAACUUUGAAGGCUGUAUAAAUCUAUUUUAAAUAGAAAUUGAAGCUAUACACAAUACACUAAGAGAUCCGUAUUCUAUGUAAAAGAACAGA